AAGAUUCAAACACCGAAUCGUUUAGAAACGAAUCAGCACGUUGCGGCUUGCUAGCAGACCGGCGGUGCGGGUUUGAGGUCGUCAGGUGUUACUAUGUCGACUCUAAAGAAAGUUACAUGGCCCCAAAUCAUUCUCUUCGGGGACUCAAUAACACAGUUUGCGUUUCAAGCGAACGGAUGGGGAUCCGAAAUCUGCCACAAACUCGCCAGAAAAUGCGACGUAGUAAACAGAGGCUUGUCGGGUUACAACACGAGGUGGGCUAAGAUUGUGCUUCCUCGCGUCGUGCCCGUCUCCGACGCUCCCGUUGCGGCCGUGACCGUCUUCUUCGGCGCUAAUGACUGCGCGUUGGAAGACAGGAACCCCGCGCAGCACGUGCCUCUCCAGGAGUUCACGGAGAACUUAAAGGACAUCGUCAAACACCUGCUGUCCGUAGGAGUGUCCAGUGACAAGAUCAUUUUCAUCACACCACCACCACUCCAAGAAGCCGCCUGGGAGAAAGAGUGCGCGCUAAAAGGCUCAGCUUUGAAUCGUCUGAACUCGGUGGCUGGUCAGUACGCACAGGCCUGCGUUCAGGCUGCUGGACAGUCCGGUGUGGAUGUCCUGGAUCUCUGGACGCUCAUGCAGAAAGACGGACAGGAUUUCUCAGUGUAUCUUUCGGAUGGACUUCAUCUCUCGGAUAAAGGCAAUCAGUUUGUGGCAGAGCAUUUAUGGACACUUCUUGAGAGGCGAGUGACCGAUUUGCCCUUCAUUCUGCCUUACUGGGGGGAUGUGGACCCAAAAUGUCCUGAGAGCAGCCUACUGUGUGAUUAAAACACAGGUCAAAUGACGCACAGCCUAUAAACACACCGCGGUUUUAGUUUGAACAGUUUUACAGACGUUAAAAAAGUAUCUAAGUCACGAGUUGAUUUAAAAACAGGAGGUUAUUUGAGUUUAAUCACAGAUAAUGUUGAAAGUUCUUUCAUUUCAGUUUUCCUGGCAAUUUGAAAUGCAUUUUCUUUUCAGGGUCAUAAAACAGUCAAACACGUCAGUGUAGAGACAUUUUAUUCGUGUGGCUUCAAACCCCAAGAAUACAUGUUAAAUAAAUGGGACAUAACCGAGCAUCAAAAACACAGACACUGAAUGAUAGCGGAUUUAGAUCAGAUACAGCUUUCUACAUCCAAGUGAGGCGUUUUUAAUUACUUCUGAUUUGAUAUACAGGAAGGUAGGAAACAAUACAAAACUUAUACGCAGUCGUUUGACUUAUUAUGGCACGUUAAAAUUGAAUACAA